AUGAACUCCCACCUGUUGAAACAGCUGUUCUGUUCACAGCCUCACAGUGGUGCGGACUUGACGGGCAAGUGCGAAGAGCCGGAGUCUGUGAGUUCUGAGGCCAGACGCAAAGAAUGUUCUGACGGACCAGUGCGUAGGCUCGCGCCAACUCAUUCAUCAAUCGCCAGAAUCUCAAAGCCAGCGCCUAACUGGGGAAGCACUGCAGUAAUCAACGGUCAAGUUACAACACUCAGGCUGUCAGAUUUCAGGGGCAAAUACCUUGUCCUCCUCUUCUAUCCGUCAGACUUCACGUUUGUCUGUCCGACGGAGAUAAUAGCGUUCAGCGACCGCAUCGAGGAAUUCCACUCCAUUAACGCUGAGGUGGUGGCCUGUUCAGUGGACUCCCACUUCACACACCUGGCCUGGAUCAACACGCCCAGGAAACUGGGAGGGCUGGGACCAGUAAGAAUAGCUCUGUUGUCAGACCCUACUCAUCAGAUCUCUAAAAACUACGGUGUCCUUCUGGAUGAUCAGGGACUCUCUCUCAGAGGUCUGUUCAUCACGGACGAGCAGGGCGUCCUCCGGCAGGUCACGGUAAACGACCUCCCCGUUGGCCGCUCGGUGGACGAGACGCUUAGACUGGUCCAGGCCCUGCAGCAGGCUGACAAACAUGGGGAAGUGUGUCCUGCAGACUGGAAACCAGGCAGUGACACGGUGAGUGAGAGCUCAACUUAA